CUCCAACGAUCGUGCCCGUAUAUGGUGGAUGGGCCCGGUCUUUUCGGGCCGGCCCGUCCACCCCUCUUUUUUUUUUUUUUUCUGGGUAUUACACUCUUCAUUCAGGAUGCCCUUCUUGCUAGCAUAGCUGAAACAGAGAAGCAAACAGAGUUGGCCAUACGAGUUUCAACAUGGAAAGAAUGGAUUGAACACACCUUGGAAGACCAAGUGGGUAGCAGGGGAUUGCUUCCAAUCUCUUCCAAUCCUGAGCCAUAUUAGCCAAAGAAUUCUUCUGGUUAUGUGAGAUGUGAGAUUUCCUUUUUUUUUCAUUGAUUGAGAAUUGUUUUGACAAAAUACACACCUUCCUUUUCACAUUCACUUAUAUGGUGAGAGAAUCUUGGACAAGCUUUCCUUCGAAGUGGACAGUGGAGGAAGCAUGUCCUUUACUGAUGUUGUGAUGGGUCAACCCAAGCAUGAUGUUGCAAGGACAUUUUCUGCACUUCUGCAGCUGGUGAACAAUGGGAAUGUUGAUCUACAAAUAGCUCCAGCAAGUGAUGAGUUUGUGUGUCACACUGCUGCAAAUCCCUUCUAUGUGAAGCUCCUUUGCCGUGCCAGAAGAGAAGAAAUGGGGAACUGUUCAACAAGGAAAAGAGCUAAUUUCCCUUUGAGGAAAGGGUGCAUAAAAGCAAAUUCUUCCACCUCAGAAGCCACCUCACCUUUAAAAUCAUUGCAUCAGGGGCAGGUUCUCUCCUAAGCUUGGGAAGGGCAGUGUUAUCAGGUGUACUCCUGAGGGGAAGAGAAGACGGAGGUCUACUCGGUUUAUAGAGCCAUUUGAUUUGCAGUCUUCUGGUUGACAUAAAUCAACUUUUUUUUUUUAAUUUGAGGAUGACGUAAAAUGGCUGUUGAAUGGUCUGGAAUCAUAUAUCAGUACCAUACUCAUGUAACUCGGCAUAUCAGUUCCCUCUAACAAGUAGGUAGCUGACAACACUUUAAUUUAUGGCUUAGGACUAGGCAGGUAUAUAUGUUAAAAAUUUCUGUAAUUCCUGUGUGUUUAUUCAUUAAUCAAUAUAUUUCAGUUGUCCAUCCUUGU